AUGAAAUAUGAGACGAAGGCGUCGGGGAUAUCGCCAAAAGUAACAGAAUUUGAUACUUUGAUAGAGGAGAUGUUGGAAAAAGAGGAGGCAAGCGAAGAGUUGAGGGCAACACAAGGUAUACAUAUCUAUAAAUACCAUGGCAAAAUGUCAUUGAUUUAUUUUAAAAACUUCGUAAUUAUAAUGGUAAAUUAAGCCCAGACCUCAGAUAUAUAGAUGUCGGUAACCUGGACAUACUGAAGUUGAUGGUGGGACAUACUGAAGUUGAGCAAAGACAUAAACCACUGUUAUUUUUUUAAGUGAAGCACAGAAAAAGAAAGUUGAACAAGAUCAGAGAAAUGCUGUGGAUAUUCUGAGAAGAAGGCAAUGGAAAGGUUUGAAGAGACAAAGAAAGGAGAAAUUGAAGAGAAGAAGAGAAAGCGAAGGUCAGGAUCUGAUACAUUGCAGUUUAUAAUGGAACAGUCAGAAAAUGAAAUGAACAUGAGGGGGAGGGAACUGGCAUUAGAAAAGGAGAAACAGACAAGGAAGGAGCAAAAGCACAAUGACUUCAAAGAGAUGGCAUUGCAGAUGGCUCAACAGCAAGUGGCCCAGUUCCAGAUGAUGUUCAUGCAACAAAACAAUUUAAUGCUGUCAAUUCUUGAGAAAAAGUCAUCAUAA